AUGAAGAAUAGCGAAGCAGCAGAAAAGUCAGGAAACGCGAUCGGGGAGAGAUACUAUGCUGGCGCAUUACAAGACGCACCAAGACGCACGCCAUCGUUUGAAACGCCGCCGUUUGCACCUCCCUAUCCGCCGUCACGCACCUCAUCCAUCUCGUCGCUUUCGUCCAGCCUCGGCCGCUUCUCCAAGCUACCACUGAUUCCCCGACGUACCUCUGCAGCAGGUCCAGGUCAAUCUGUAGAGUCGCCCUUAAAAACCAUGGGCGUGCAUGUUCGCGACGACUCCGUUUACAGCCAUAGCUCCAAAAAAAUGACCGACAUUGACGGAUACUCUCAGUCCCAACGGGACUUUUACACAAUCAAGCCGCACCUGUACGCCCAGCAACCAGUCAAGAACUCCCAGGGCCCUCAGCCGUUCAAUGUCAACCCCAACGAUGCCAGAGAGACCAGAACCAAUGGCUCCAUGACCCCCACAAACCUGGCUCGACCAUCCCAGGUGAAGGUCGUCUUCGACAUGACUAAAGAAGAAAUCGAACUCACCCAAAAGCUGUGGUCGGAUCUUAUGAGCGACCCCGAGUCUCUGGAACAAAGUACGGCCUAUGGAACCCCCACCGCGCUCUUCUGCGAGCAGUUCUACACCAACCUGAUGGCCUCCCACGCAGAGCUCGCGUCCAUCUUCCCUUCCAUCAAGAGACAAUCCGUGGCGGUCGCGGGCGUGUUUGGACUCGCUAUCAGUUCGCUCGAGAGGAUUGAAGAGAUGGACGAAUUCCUGCGGUCGGUGGGAAAACGACACAACCGAAUGAUCGGUGUCGAACCCAUCCACUACCGAUGGCUAGGAGAAGCCAUGGUCAAGACCUUUGCCGACCGGUUCGGAGACAGAUUUACGCUGGAGGUGGAGACCGCCUGGAUCAAAAUUUACUCCUACCUGGCCCACAAACUGCUGGCCUCCGACGAGGAGCCUAACGUGCUCAUGUUCGCGCCCCAGCAACAACCCCGUUCCAUGCUGUCCUCAUCUCCUAAUGGACCGGGUAUCUCCCCCACUCCUUCGUACACUAGCUACCAAACCACCCAAGACGUACGGAAACCCAGCCUUUCCAGCUCAAUCAACUCUCAGUCGCUCUACACCUCCACAUCCAACAACUCCACCGCUCCUACUUCUGUGGUGAACUCGCCUAACGCCCCCUCUAUUCCAGCCACUCCCACAGCUAACAAUGCCCCAAUCAUCUCGGCCCGACGAAACGUCUCAACUACUCCUUCAAUUCCCCCCUCUCUUCCCUCUGCUCCUGCCCCUACACCUAAAGCUACCGACUACUCCCCCCCAAAGAACGUGCGAGGGAACGGUGGAAGAAAGCAGGGACGAAAGGGCAAGGACGGUGAAAAGUGUGUCUUAGCCUAA